UUGUAGUCAUGAUAAGCCAACUGACUUUUCAUUCAUUAAAAUUCAAAAACAAAAACAAACAAACAUUUCCAAGGGCAAACUGGGUCAUUGCCAUUGCCAACAACUUGAUAUUGCAUAGUGGUUCUACAUUGGGAAAUAUAUCCAUGGGGAUUUCAAGUAUGUGUCAAAGAAAGUGAAGGGUUCAAGGGACCUAGUCGAUUUUGAUCGAUUCUGGAAAUCGAAAGAUAAAAGAGCUCUGCUAGUGCAAAAAGCAUUCGAAACUUUGAUAUAUCAAUGUCAUAAAAGUUCAAGAAAGAAUGUCUGGGUUAAAGACUAUCUUCGUCUUCCAAUCCGCUCGCUGAAUGGUUUGCUGUAUUCUGAUUCAGUUACCGGAGGCAUCAGGUGUUUAUUAUCAUGUCAUUUAGCAACUUUUGCUCUCAAACUGAUCAACAUCGGGAUAUUCUGCACUAAAUUUGUUCAAAGAAACAUGGAAGCGAUUGUUAUUGGUAUAGGUAGAUUCAUUUCAGUUCUAUCUUUUUCAAGUUAUAUCUCGUGAAGAAGCGUGCUUCAUAUCCUGCCGACAAAGCGGCUUUGAACAGGCAAAAGUAAAGUUAUGCAAUUCAGUUCUACUCUUGAAGCAGACAAACAUGGUUACUACCACCCACUUUCUGAUACAGAAUCUUCUCCGCCUUCAGAAGCUGAUCGAGGUAAAUUCCAAAAACACGAGGCAUCACAUGGUGCUCCAGCUCAGAGAAAGACGCGCCUCAACAAAUAUGCGUUUGCUGGAGCGCUUUUGGCGUCUACAAAUUCUAUUCUCUUGGGCUAUGACAUUGGGGUGAUGAGUGGUGCGGUUCUAUACAUCAAGGAUGAUCUUGGUAUAACUUCAACGCAAGUAGAGGUCUUGGUCGGUUGCCUAAAUCUUUGUUCAUUAAUCGGAUCUUUUGCAUCGGGUAGGACUUCUGAUUAUAUCGGCAGACGUUACACAAUUGUUCUGGCUGCUGCGACAUUUCUUAUUGGGGCAAUUCUAAUGGGACUAGCACCAUCUUUCGGAUUUCUAAUGGCCGGAAGGGUAGUAGCUGGAAUUGGUGUUGGUUACUCCCUAAUGAUUGCUCCGGUCUACACAGCAGAGCUCUCGCCAGCCAUGACUCGAGGCUUCCUAUCUUCUCUCCCUGAAGUCUUCAUCAAUAUCGGAGCUUUAUUGGGUUAUAUCUCGAACUAUGCUCUAUCAGGUCUUCCGUACAACAUUAAUUGGAGACUAAUGCUCGGACUUGCAGCAUUUCCAUCUAUAAUAGUUGCUUUAGGCGUGAUGGUGAUGCCCGAAUCGCCUCGGUGGCUAGUAAUGAAAGGUCGGUUUGGCGAAGCAAAGAAGGUUUUGGUCAAAACAUCAGACUCGGAAGAAGAAGCAGAGUUGAGAUUAAGAGAAAUGAUAAAAGCUGCUAAGGAUUUAACUCAUGGAGCUGGUUCAAGCAAUUGGAAAGGGCAGGGUGCUUGGAAGGAGUUGCUGUUCGAACCAUCUCGGCCGAUUCGUCGAAUUCUUAUAUCGGCUAUCGGAAUCAACUUCUUUAUGCAAGCUUCAGGGAAUGAUGCUGUUAUGUAUUACACUCCAGCAGUUUUCAAAGAUGUUGGAAUUAAAAGCAGACAGCAGCUUCUAGGUGUGACCAUCAUCAUGGGAAUAGCCAAAACAUGUUUUGUCAUAGUGUCAGCUCUGUUUUUGGACAGCUUCGGGAGGAGACCGCUUUUGUUAUUGGGCACAAUCGGGAUGGCCGUUUCACUGGCUGCUUUGGGCAUCGGUUCCAAGUAUCUCGGAAACAUGGAUAACAAGCCAUCAUGGGCCAUUGUGUUGUGCAUAGUGGCCGUGUGUGCUGAUGUAUCCUUCUUCUCAAUUGGACUCGGACCGAUCACAUGGGUCUACUCAUCGGAGAUUUUUCCGAUGAGGUUAAGAGCUCAAGGUUCAAGCUUGGCGAUAUCCGUCAACCGGUUGGUGAGUGGGAUUGUGGCUAUGACAUUUCUGAGCAUUUCCAGGUUGAUAUCUUUUGGAGGAAUGUUUUUUUCACUUUCAGGAAUUAUGGUAUUGGCCACAUUUUUCAUUUAUUUCUAUUUACCUGAAACUAAAGGUAAAACCUUGGAAGAAAUUGGUCUGCUUUUUGAAGAUGAAGUCCCUGAGAAUGAAAGGCAUUUUGUUUCUUAAUUUUCAGGAAAAUCCAAUUUUGAAGAAGGUAAAUAUCAUUGUUCAUGAUUUGGUUUGAUUAGUUUGGUUGAUUUUUUUUUUUCCUGCUAUUGGAUUGGUUUUUUGGUCAUAAUUCAAUGGCUAGAAAUCUGUAUAUGCAUCAAUUACAUUUGGAUUAGAUUCCAGUCUGAUGUGUUUGUACAAUACUUUUUUGAACUGUCCAUUCUUGAUUUGUAUUGGAAUAACAAAAAUAAAUUUACAUUUUUAUUCUCUCAAA